UUCGGCAACUUUGGAAACCUCUACAACGCCGCUGCAAUCAUGGGAAAUCCGGCGGUUGCAAAACACGGAGUAACUAUCCUCCACGGUCUGGACCGGGCUGUGAAGAACAUGGACGACAUCAAGAACGUCUAUUCCGAGCUGAGCGUGCUGCACUCCGAGAAACUGCACGUGGAUCCUGAUAACUUCAGGCUGCUUUCCGACUGCCUGACCAUUGUGCUCGCCACUAAGAUGGGCAAAGGCUUCACUGGUGAGGUCCAGGCAGCUUUCCAGAAGUUCAUGGCCGUGGUGGUGUCCGCCCUGGGAAGACAGUACCACUAGAGAGAUUCAGCAGAAGAUCACGCAGAGCAUAAGUUCUUUUUUUUGUCAUGUCUCAAAGGCAAAAAUAAAUAAAAGAAUACGCAUAUUCCACAA